AUGAAAAAGAUUAAAUUAGCAAUUAUUGGAGCUGGCGCUUCUGGAUUAUGUGCGCUUAAAAAUGCUGUUGAAUAUGGAUGUGAAGUUGUAGCAUUUGAACAGACAAAAUUAGUGGGAGGAUUGUGGAAUUAUACUGAUAAAACUGACAAAGAUGACUAUGGAUUAGAUAUACAUUCAAGCAUGUAUGAAAAUUUGGUAACAAACCUUCCAAUUGAAGUAAUGUGCUAUCCUAAUGAACCUUUUCCGAAGCAACAUGAGUCAUUUGUUUCGUCAGCAGUAGUUUUAAACUACUAUAUUAGAUAUGCACAGAAAUUUAAUUUGGAAAGUCAUAUUAAGUUUGAACAUCAUGUAUUUCGGAUUAGACCUCUUUCAAACGAUAAGUGGGAGGUUAUUGUAAAAAACUUACCAAGAGAUAUGUUUGUGACAUAUAUUUUUGAUUCAGUUUUGGUAUGUAGUGGUCAUUUCCAUACACCAUACAUCCCUAAAAGUAAGGGUCAAGAAAUAUUUAAAGGAAACAUAAUGCACUCUCAUACUUAUCGAUCCUCAAAAAUUUUCAAUAAUGAAAGGACACUAAUUGUUGGUGGAAAUAAUAGUGCUGUAGAUUUAGUCAUUGAAAGUUCUAAAAAUUCAAAGUCAACAAUAUGGUCACAUCACUUAAGUCCUUCACCUGAUAUGACACAAUUUGAAAGAAAUGUUGAAGAGAAGUCUGAUAUAUUAGAAAUAGUAUCGGACGGUGUGAAAUUUUCAGAUGGGACGUUUGCUGAAUGUUCCUUAAUCAUCUACGCUACUGGAUAUUUGUAUUCUUAUCCGUUUUUGUCAAUUGAUUCGGGUGUGUUGGGAGGAGAUUAUGUAAAACCACUUUGGAUGCAUUGUUUAUGCAUAAAUAAUCCAUCUUUAGGAUUUAUAGGCCUUCCAAAUCUCAUAUGUCCUAACCAAAUGUUUCAACUUCAAGUCGAAUUUUGCUUGACCUUUAUGAUGGGAAAGAAAAAUUUACCCUCAAAAGAUGAAAUGUUAAAAGAAAUGGAUUCAGAUUUACAGCAGAGAUGGGACAAAGGAUUGAGUUCCAGGAAGGGUCAUUAUUUAGGACAUAAACACGAUGCACAACUUGAAUAUUACAAUAAGCUGUCACAAAAGGCUAGCAUAAGUCCAAUCAUGUCAUGUAUAGUCAAAAUGCAUGCUCAUGCUCAUCAUAGUCGAUUAAAACAUUUUACAUCUUAUAGAAAUGUUAAGUACAAAGUUAUCAGUGAAGACGAUUUUGAGAUAGAAUAUUUAAAAUAA